AUGGCCCAGUCUGGCGCCGCCAUGGCCACGCCGCCGCCGCAGCAGCCCAAGCCUCGGGAGGAGCCGGCCGGCAUGGAGGAGGAGGCGCGCCUGCUGGAGGCCUUUGCCAGCCUGCCGGCCGUGUCCCGCGCCUGGGCCUUCCCCGCCGCCACCCACGACGGCGUGCGCGUGACGGUGCAGCUGCAGCAGCGCAACCUGGCCGCCAACGCGCAGCGCAAGUACCUCACCAGCUUCCUGGUGAACGAGGCGGUACUGGAGGCGGGCGCGCUGGACCCCAGCCCGCCUGCCGAGCAGGCCGGCGUGCUGCUCUACGCCCCCUCCCCCUCCGGCCGCCACCUGCUGGUGGUGCGCGCCGGCAGCGGCGACAGCAGCGCGGUGCUGGAGCUGUGGGACCAAUGCCGGGUGGUGGCCGAGCGGCACGUGCCGCAGGCGCUGCACGGCGCCGUCUACAACGACGGCUGGUUCGGGCAAGGUGCCUCCUGGUCUCACGACGAGUCGCUGGUGGCGUAUGUGGCUGAGGCGCCGCCGCCGGCCAAGACGCCAGAGUGGUGCGCCGCGGCGGCGGGGCCCGACGGCAAGAAGGCCGAGGGAGCGGCGGCGCCCAAGGGCUGGCGGGGCCAGGGGGAGUGGAGCGAGGACUGGGGGGAACUCAACACGGGCAAGAAGCCGCCCACGCUGUUUGUGCUGGACUGGGGCGCGGCGGCGGUGCGGCGCGUGCAGGGGCUGCCGCAGGACGCCAGCUGCGGCCAGCCCGUGUGGGCGCCGCAGGGCGACGCGCUGGUGUUUGUGAGCUGGCAGCACCAGAGCGAGCUGGCCAGCCCGAACUUUCCUCAGCGCCUGGGCCUGGUGCACUGCUUCAACCGCCCCUGCAGCCUGCACGCCCUGCCCUGGCCGCAGCCCGCCGCCGACGGCGACCUCGGCGCCGCCGCCGACGCCCCCACCUGCCUCACCGCGCCCCUGGCCAGCGCCUUUUCUCCUCGCUUCUCCCCCGACGGCUGCACCCUGGUCUUCCUCAGCCAGCAAAACGCGGUGGCCAGCGGCGUGCACAACGCCACCGCCACGCUGCACAGCCUGAGCUGGGCGGGCGCCGGCGCGGCGCUGGCGGGAGGCUCGGUGCCGCCGCCACGGACGGUGGUGGACACUGUGUGGAAGCCAGCCAGCACAGACGGCUUCCCCGGCCUGUACUGCACUUCCCUGCCCGAGCAGCCCUUCCUCCCCGGCAGCCACACGCUGCUGCUGACCACGCAGUGGCGCAGUCUGGCGGCGGUGGUUGCCGUCGACAUGCAGAGCGGCGGCGUCAGCCGCGUCAGCCCCGCCAACGGCGCCAGCUGGUCCCUGCUGGCCUCGCACGGCGGCUGGGUGGUGGCCUGCGAGAGCCGGCCCAGCCAGCCCUUUGCCCUCUUCGCCGCGCACCUGCCGGCGGCGGAGCAGGCGGCGCCGACGGCCCAGGCGUGGGGCUGGAGCAGCCUGCCGCUGCCAGACGCAGACGCGGGCAGCUUCCCGCCGGCGGUACGCCAGCAGCUGCAGGAUGUGGCGGUGACGGUACUGCAGGUGGCGCCUCCCACCCCUCCCACCGACGUCGCCCUUGAGACGGUGGUACUGCACAGCAGCGCCCAGGCCGCAGGGCCCCGCCCCACCAUCAUCACUCCCCACGGCGGCCCCCACACCGCCUACCUGGCGCAAUACUUCAUGCCCCUCUCCUACCUGGUCGCCCUGGGCUACAACGUCGUGCUGCUCAACUACCGCGGCUCCACAGGCUUCGGCGAGGCCUCCAUCCAGUCCCUGCCCGGCAAGAUCGGCGCCAGCGACGUCGCAGACUGCCUGGCCAGCCUGCAGGCGGCGGUGGAUGCGGGUGGGUCCCGCGUGCGCGCCCCGCUCUUCUUCAUGCUGGGUGCCAAGGACCGACGGGUGCCGCUGGACGAUGCCAAGCAGUACAUCAACGCGCUCAGGCGGCGCAAGGAUGCCCCGGAGACGCGGGUGAUCGUCUUCCCGGAGGACAGCCACGCCCUGGACAAGCCUCAGACCGAGUUUGAGCAGUGGCUGAAUGCGGCGUGGUGGUGCAAGAGGUUUGUGUGA